GCAGUCGACCACCUCGUUGGAAACGUUAUCAUCUAACUGCCGUCGGGCAUGCGUGUUCCGCAACCAGUGAUAUGGAUGAUGGCUACACAGUCACAUCCGACACUCCGACAUCUGCUGGAGGCACAGGCACAGCCCCACAGCCGGUGCAGCUACUCUUGGCUGCUUUAGUGGGAUGUGAGCAGGCCACUGCUCACUUCAUCGCAACCAAGCUCCGCUUGCCGCCCAUAAGACAAAUCAGGUUUGACAUCCACGCUGAGCGCGACGAAUGGGGCAGCCUCGCUCCACCUGUGAAGCAGCCGCCACCAACGCUGAGCCGGCUGCAGAGGAUCACGGGCACUGCUACGGUCUUCACCGAUGCUUCAGAGGCCGACGUCCGCGCUAUCGCUGCUGGUGUCAAGCUGCGAUGUCCAGUGGCAAGCAUGAUCAUUGACUCCGGAUGCGAGCUGGACGUCCAUUGGGUGAAGGCAUCGGAAUGA